AAUAAAUAAUUUAAAUAAAGAAGAAAUACACCUAAAAAUUUAAAAAAGAGAAAGGUAAGAUAAGAAAGAAAGAAGUUAACAUAUCUCCAGUAAACGAAACAAUGAAGUUCAUUUCUAAUGAUUAUUUCAACUAAAAUAACUAAUACUUUCAGCCUAAUUAUUUCUACAACUAAAAUAUACCAAAUAAUUAGCAGUAGAACUUUUAUAAUAAUAAUAAAAAUAAUUUUUAGUUUAAUAAUUAGCAAUAAAAUAAUAAUAUUUAUCAAUAUAAUAACGGCCUUACAUCUCCUUAUGGAAAUAAUUAUAUAAAUCAACAAAACCAACCAAUAAAUUAACAAUAAUACUAAGUGAAUCAACCAUUCUACCAUUAGGAAAAACAAAACUAUUUGUAAUAAAAUAAUAUUUAAUAUCAAUAAAAUGAUAAAGAAGAAAUUAAAUUGUUUCACGAUUAUCAAAUUUAUUUGAAACACAAAUUAGGAAGCGGAUCAUAUGGAACUGUUUAUUUAUGCAAAUAUAAUAAAGAUUAAAAAUUCUAUGCAUGUAAAAUGGUUUUGAUUGGAAAUUAUAAUGAUGUUUUAUAAGAGAUGCAUGUUGCCUAAGAAGUUAAGGGUAAAUACAUUUGCGAGCUAUAUUUUGCUGGUAUGUCAUCAAACUAUUUAUACUUAAUUGCAGAAUAUUGUCCUUAGGGUACACUCAAGAAGUAUAUUCAAGAAAAAAAACCUUCAUUGUAAAGAAUUAUGAUUAUUUUUUGUUAAAUUGUUAAAGGAUACUACACAUCUCUUUACAUAGAAAAUAUAAUCCAUAGAGAUAUAAAGCUAGAUAAUAUACUAAUGAAAGAUGAUAUUCCAAAAAUAUGUGAUUUUGGAUUUGGUAAGUUUUUGGAUGAUGUAGAGUUAUCCAUUUAUCAAUCCAAAAAAUGCUCACCUCUCUAUGGUGCUCCCUAAAUCACACAUAAGGCUGAAUCCAAAUACAGUUACAAAGCUGAUAUUUAUAGUCUUGGAGUUUUACUUUACUAAAUGACUAACGAUCUAAAAAAUCCAAAUUAAAUGUAAAAUGCUCAGGAUUUACUUAAUUUCCACACUAGUAACUAAAUCAAUGGUAUAGAAAAAACCUUAAAGUUUUAUCCUUCAACGUUAAAUCAAAAUAUCAAAAAUUUAAUUUAUAGAAUGAUGAAAUAUAAUGAGGCUGAUAGGAUUUCUAUAGAGGAGCUAGUCGAAAUGACUUAACUGAUUUGCAAAAAUUAUUAAAAUUAGUCAUUAAAAUAAAUUUGAAGAA